CUAGUGAAAUUGUUAAAGAAAAUAAACUGUUACAUGAUGAAGCUUAUAAGAAAUUUGAAGAAGAGAAGAAAUUGAAGAAAGAGUUAAUUAAAAAUAUCCAAGCUGAAGAAUCAUCUGCGAUUAUGACGAAAUCAUUGACUACUAAACAGGUUAGCUUGUCAAUAUACAAGAAAUGUAUCUCAUUAAUUUUGAUCUUUACCUGUAAUGUAAUCUAA